AUGAAGUCAGUUGUCAGCAUUUCUUCCUCUGUUAGGGCUGUGUGUCAGUAUUCGCCCAACUAUUUCAUGACUAGUAGUCGGAGGUUAAUACAAUGUCACUCAAAUUCACUUGGAAGAAUAUUGAAAUCGGACGUUUCUUGUAAAGCCAGAAUGGCACAACCAUGUGUGAAAAGUAGUUUAGGCUGCUUCCAUAACACACGUGAGAUGGGGGCGGUGGCGCAACAGUUAAGUAACCUGUCAUUUGCAGAAGAGAAAGACUACGAAUUAAUGGUUCACCUGGAGAAAGGCCUUUUGCCUAAAACAGCUGGACAGCCAUCCAUUGACACCCAAUUAGGAACCAGUUUUUCACCAACAAAGCUAGGCCCCCUAAAAGUGGAGCCACUCUCUGUCAAAUCCCUUUUUGAGGUUGAGGUUCUACCGGAGUUGUUAACACGUUUGAAAGAAGCUCCCAGCAAUGAGAAAAUUGAGGGUCUGGCAACCUUACUGGGAGUAUGUGUUGAGCUUGGUGUGGACUAUCAAAGUUCAAUUGCCUCCAGAUUGAAAGAGCAGUGGAGGACACACCUCUCCAAAACAGACAUUGGGGUCAUGCACCUGUGCCAUCUUGGAGAAGUGGCCUAUAACCUGGAGGGGAAGAGGUCAGAGAUUGUCGAUCAGGUUCUCGACUCCGUGAGCAUCAGCAUUGAUGAGGCUGAGGCUCUCACCCAAAAUGAAACCGCUCGUGUGUACUCCUUCCUUGCACUACUCGAGGACCCACACCGUUGCCAAGAUCUCAUGUCAAGACUGCACAGACACACAGAGAAACUGAUACACAGACUACGAGCCAGCAACAUCAGUAACAUCCUCCACUCCCUGAUAGCAUUACAACAGAGGCAGGCUAUUGUGCUGAUUCUAAAGCUGAGCAGACGGGCCUCUAGAGUAUUCAAAUCUUUCCAAGAUGAAGAGCUCAUCAAAGUUCUAGGUGCCUUAAUGCAUUUCGGUCAGCAUGAUGAAGAGUUCAUAACAGCCAUGGAAAAGCACCUGCCAGGCAAAAUACUGGACGCAGACCCUGAACUCACAAGCGUGGUGAUGGAGUUUUGCCUUCAGAUGAGGUGUCGCUCAGAGCCCAUAUUCGAAGCUGUGGCUGAGAGCUUUAUUUGCAACUCAGAGAAGUAUACCACACCCCAGAUAGCCCAGCAGAUCAUUGCCAUGGGGAGACUGAACUACCUGCCCCAGUGCUCCAGUCAGAUGUUUAAGAUGCUGGAGAGUGUCCUGUCCUCUCGCUUCUCCCAGUUCGAGCCCAGGGCUCUGAUUGAGGUGCUCCACUCCUGUAUUCACCUGGAGAGGUUUCCACUCAACUUUGUGUCCAAAGUCUUCAGCCCCUACUUCCUACAGAGGUUGCAAGGUAGGCUAGUCAAUCUGUGUGUGUGUGUGUGUGUGUGUGUGUGUGUGUGUGUGUGUGUGUGUGUGUGUGUGUGUGUGUGUGUGUGUGUGUGUGUAAAAAGUGAGUGAGCGAAAGUAAACGGGCUACAUGUGAGUAUGUGGGUGCACAAUUUCAUGUCGUGUGUGUAUAUCUAGGUAACAGGGUCAGCUUUGUCCUUUCCAUUCAGUUGCAACUGUUCACAGCUGAGCUAGCCAGAGUCAUGUUAUGUAUGUGUUUCUGUUCUUUCACAGCACAAGGGGAGCCCCUGGACAAGCAUGCCUUAGGCCAGCUAACCCAACUCAACCUCUCUACCUCACUAGAGUGCACCUACUACCGGGUGAGUCCCUCUCUAUGAACAUUGUAAAUAUACAAAUAAAUCACACAAUAAUUAUGCAAAAUUAUCUGUAAAAUUAAAACCCUCUGAUUCUGUUCAAAAUCAAAUCAAAUUGUAUUUGUCACAUCCGCCGAAUACAACAGGUAGACCUUACCGUGAAAUGCUUACUUACAAGCCCUUAACCAACAAUGCAGUUAAGAAAAAUAAGAGUUAAGAAAAAUAUUUACUAAAUAAACUAAAGUAAAAAAUAAAAGAGCAACAAUAAAAUAACAAUAACGAAGCUAUAUACAGGGGGUACCGGUACUAAGUCAAUGUGCGGGGAUACAGGUUAAUCGAGGUAAUUGAGGUAAUAUGUACAUAGAUAAUAGAUAAUGAACAGCGAGUAGCAGCAGCGCAAAUAGUCCGGGUAGCCAUUUGAUUAGCUUUUCAGCAGUCUUAUGGCUUGGGGGUAGAAGCUGUUAAUAAGCAUUUUGGACCUAGACUUGGUGCUCCGGUACCGCUUGCCGUGCGGUAGAAGAGAGAACAGUCUAUGACUAGGGUGGCUGGAGUCUGGCAAUUUUUAGGGCCUUCCUCUGACACUGCCUGGUAUAGAGGUGCUGGAUGGCAGGAAGCUUGGCCCCAGUGAUGUACUGAGCCGUACGCAUUACCCUCUGUAGCGCCUUGCGGUCGGAGGCCGAGCAGUUGCCAUACCAGGCAGUGAUGCAACCAGUCAGGAUGCUCUCGAUGGUGCAGCUGUAUAACUUUUUGAGGAUCUGAGGACCCAUGCCAAAUAUUUUCAGUCUCCUGAGGGGGAAUAGUUACAAUGGACUUUUACGUGUCACACCGAAUGAAAAAUAUUAUUUUAAAGUAGUUGGAUUGAACAGUAAGUUCAUUCUGAUGUAUAUACUGUAUAUUAUAUUGUAUUCCGUACAGGGCCCCAGAUUACCUUACCACCUCCAUGUGAGGAAGUUUUCCUCCAUCGACCACUCCUUUGAGAGCCCUAUAGAGGGCUACCUGUACAACCAGGUGAAGGGCCCUCUUAACAAGCUGCUAGGGGGAAAGACCUACUACUCUACCAAGGUCUUCACACAGCCUGGAUACACCAUAGACGUGGAGAUCUGUCUGGAUGAGGAGGGGUUUGUCCUGCCUCUCUCACAGUGGGACCACACUCAUAGGAGGUAAGAGCCAUUGGAAAUGUGUUAGAGAGGAUCAGUCUGACAGGGCGCUGCACAGACUCAUUCACUGAUCUACAAAUCACCUUGUUUUCCAAAGUGCCCAAUAUGUGAUCCUUACUUCCAAAGAUUCAAUUCAAUUAAAAUACAACCAUUUAUUGCAAUGAGCAAAUCUUCACAGCACCUUGUUCAGGCAGAUCCUCCUGGACACAGACUCUCGGACACAGAGAAUGAUAAUUGUUGCAUUUCAUGACUACAUUUUCCUCUAUGUAGGAUUGCCUUGUGCCUGGAUGCUCAGGACCGCUUCUGCAGCAACACCCAUCACCUCCUGGGGAAGGAGGCCACAAAGAGACGCCACCUCUGCAGAAUAGGCUACGAAGUGGUUCAGGUACGGAAACUCCGCUCCUGGUUGCAGGAUAGAAUAGACACACAAUGUGAGGUGUGUGGAAUGUGUGUUAGUACUGUAUGUGCUUUGAAUUCAUCUCUAUAAUCAAUGUAAUGUGUCAUUUUCUGUGUAAUUCUGUAACUGAGUUACAUUUGUCUUCAUUUAAAAAAAAUACUCCAUCUGACAUUGUUCUUUGUCUUUAUGUUCCCCACCAGAUCCCUUACUUUGAAUUUGAGAAGUUGAGAACACAAGAGGAACGGGUACAAUACCUUCAUAAGAAGAUAUUCCCCACAAUCUUCAGGUUUUACCGGUAA